CCCCCCAGCGGGCUCCCUGGUCUCGCUGCUCUGACAGUGCCACCCCUCCCUCCCCAAUGCACCGCCUCUCCUCUCCUCUGCGGUCGCUCCUCUCUUUGACGGCCUCUACUCCGCCUAGCUGGUGGCCGCUGCGACGAGUUUUGCCUCAUAAUUCAGCUGCCCGUCGUGUUUGCAGAUUUCCUCAUGGAUCUCGUAGCAUGGCCAGCAGCAGUGGAGUAAAACAGAUGGCUGGUUACCCUUUUGACGGUGUAGUUCCUAUGGCUAUAUUUCCUAAAAGCAGCCACCAUGAUGGUUCUAUAUACAAGGGCAGGCAUGCAUGGAAAAAGGAAUAUCGCAUUGCAGACCGUAACGAGACUUGGUUGGAGCCGAUGAUGUUAACAGAUCCCUCAGAUUGCUGCAUUCUCGAUGGAGCUUGCAUGCAGCAUACACCUAGUGGCAUGUUCCAAAUUUUCUCAUUGAAGCUGGCUAAAAUUCAUGUGGGUUGUGGGCCAGUAGAGUUGUACGGAUACAUUGCAAUGCGGGAUGAUCUGGAUCGAUUGCUUAACUAUGUGGUCAGUUUUAAAAGGGAUGAUCCCAUCAUCGUGGAGCAGGGUUCUCUCAUCAACAUGUCUGGCCCUAAGCGAGGGAUAGAUUCACAUGGCAAUAUUUUAAUCGAAUAUGACAUGAGGAUCAAGACUGCAGAAGAAGAAAAACAUGACCUACAACUGAUUGAUGGUGCAUCAAUAAUAGUCAGCAAAGACUUGCAGAACUGUCACACAUUCACCAGUCGCAUCUAUGGCGAUUGUGGAGCAGUGGACUUCACCGCAUCACGCCUUGAAAAUGCAGUUGAGGCGACUCUAGAAGUUGUCAUCUCAGAAGUGCAAAACAGUUUCAAUUUGUGUCUCAGCUGUUUUACCAGUGGGUUGAAUGAAGAAAUCCGACUCUUCAAUGGCACCAUUGGUGAGUCAUGUGGCUUAAAGAGGUCUGUGGUUGCUGUAGUUAUAGCUUCUUGGAUGACGUUGAAGUUCAAGUUGGGUGCGGAGUCAUCCAGUUCUGCUGAACAUCAUUGUUCCUUCAUAGCCAACAACCAUGGGAUUUUUACUCAAAAGAUGAAGACUGACUUUGCGCUACUCUCAGUGAAGGUGACUUGGUCGACUUUGCCUCGGGGGUCUCAUGCUCAUUCCAGUUCAUGCCAACCUUAAGUAAACUUCGUCAAAUAGUGUGUCUGAUGACCGGGGAAGAACUUCAAAGACUUGGUUAUGCCGUCAAAGAGUCGUGGACUUGUGCCAACAAUCAAACACUUACUAAUAAAAAAGUGUCUGUCUAAAUUUAGGUGUGCCAAACCUGGAUUGUAAUCAAACUAUUGUACUCCAUAGUUUGAACUGUCUAGUACUAGUAUAUUUGGUUCAGCCGCCAUGUAAACCAUAGUGGAGAAACCUUCGGGUAGAGUAUAAUUUUUCCUAUCCCUUUUUAACUCUAGUUACACUCGUACUGCCUCCGUCCUGGUGUAUAGGACAUGCCCAUGGUUCUAAGUUGACAAUUUAACUA